AAGCUGGCUUCACUUCCGGGCCGCAGUCUGGGGCCGCAGCGCCUGUUGCCAUAGCGACCAUUUUACGUUAACUGGUUUGUAGUUCUCACCCAGGUGGCCCAGCAACCCUUUCCCCGACUCCCUUUAGGCUUCCUGAGGCCGGAAGGCCUUAAUAGGCUCCCGGAAUUUGGCCUAGGGAUCUUCGUCGCCCCGUGGGGGCGGGAUGGCUGCGGAAGAAGAGGACGAGGUGGAAUGGGUGGUGGAGAGCAUCGCGGGGUUCCUGCGAGGCCCCGACUGGUCCAUCCCCAUCUUGGACUUUGUGGAGCAGAAAUGUGAAGUUUUUGAUGAUGAAGAAGAAAGCAAAUUGACUUAUACAGAGAUUCAUCAGGAGUACAAAGAACUUGUUGAAAAGCUGUUAGAAAGUUACCUCAAAGAAAUUGGAAUUAAUGAAGAUCAAUUUCAAGAAGCUUGUACUUCUCCUCUUGCCAAGACUCGAACAUCACAGGCCAUUUUGCAACCUGUGUUGGCAGCUGAAGAUUUUACUAUCUUUAAAGCAAUGAUGGUCCAGAAAAACAUUGAAAUGCAGCUGCAAGCCAUUCGAAUAAUUCAAGAGAGAAAUGGUAUGUUACCUGACUGCUUGACUGAUGGUUCUGAUGUGGUCAGUGACCUUGAACAGGAAGAGAUGAAAAUCCUGAGGGAAGUUCUUAGAAAAUCAAAAGAGGAAUAUGACCAGGAGGAAGAAAGGAAGAGAAAAAAAAAGUUAUCAGAGGCUAAAACAGAAGAGCCCCCAGUGCAAACUAGUGAAGCUGCAAAAAUGAGCAGUUCCCAAGGGGAUGGUGAACAAUUUGAACACCCACCCUCAGAAGUUAAAGUGCAACCUUUGUCAAAAAACCUGGAAAUGAGACCUGAAACUUCCUCCCUCCCACAAAAGAGCCUAAAGAUUCCUGGCUUAGAACAUGCAAACAUUGAAGGACCAAUAGCAAACUUGUCAGCUCUUGGAACAGAAGAGCUGCGACAACGAGAGCACUAUCUCAAACAGAAGAGAGAUAAGUUGAUGUCCAUGAGAAAGGAUAUAAGGACUAAGCAGAUCCAAAAUACAGAGCAAAAAGGAAAACCUGUGGGGGAGAUAGAGGAAAUGACAGAGAAACCAGAAAUGACAGCAGAGGAGAAACAAACACUCCUAAAGAGGCGCUUGCUUGCAGAGAAACUUAAAGAAGAAGUUAUUAAUAAGUAAUAAUUAAAAAUUAGCAAAAGUCCAAAUUUUCUUAAAAAUAAAUUAUUUAAUCCUUAAAUCAAGACUGUUAGUUUUAAGUAAAUACUUGUUUUCUAAAUGCAAAUAGAAGUUCAUCAUAUUAAACAUUUGAGGUAAAGGACAGUGCAGAAGGCCAGCUACUUGUACUAAUUAAUUUAAUACAAAUUUUGGGGUAAUGUUUUCUCUUAGAGGCAUAGAAACUAGUUGAUAGCAUGUUCAUUCUGACUUGGACAACUACUGUUUGUGGUAGGCAUUUUGCUGCGCACUGAAGAUAGUAGUCAACUAGAUUGAAGGGAGGUCCCUGUCUUCCUGGAGUUAAUGAAGAAUGCUCACAGAGCAAAGUGUUAGAAAGGAGGAAUUCAAGCACCUUUAAUACCAGCUACUUGGGAGGCUCCGGCAGGAUGAAUGCCAGUUUGAGGCCAGCUUAGGCACUCAGCAAGACCCUGUCUCAAAAAUAAAAAGGGCUGGGAAUGAAGCUCAGUGGCAGAGCACCCCUGGGUUCAAUCCCUAGUAGCACCAAAAUUUUUUAAGAAUAAUAAUUUAAAUAUAAAAGAUAAAGGAAUAGUGCAGAGUACAGGUUGGUUAAACUUCCCUGAGCAAGUGAUAUUUAAGCUUAUUGGAAGGGUAAUUGCAUUGAGGGAAAGAAUAACUCAGGUCCUGCAGCAGAAAAAAGAAAAAAGCACAUACUGAGGAACUGUAAUAUGAGUGGAGAGGGUUAGCAUAUGAAAUUGAAAAUAGGUGGGGUAUUGUUCAUAUAUGUUGGGCUUGAAGGGAUAUGAAGAUUUUAAUUUUAUAAUAUGGGGCAGCUGGGAGGUUACCUUAUCAAAUUAUUUUCAUAUUUUAAAGAUGCAUGGUUGUUAUAUGGAUACUAGUGGUUGUGCUAGAAUAGUUAUGGGUUUACCGGGUAGGAAGCAAUACAAUCAAAAGAGAAGAUUCUUUGGGCAGUCUUAAGAGAGACUGAACAUUUACCAUGUACAUUUGAGGCAGGAUAACUAGGACUUGGAAAAUAGAGGUGGGGAAAGAAUUUAUCCAGUUUCUAGAAAAGCUACCAUGAAAACAACGGGAACAACUGCCUGAGCUUGUUGAGGGAAGUGCUACCACUGGGUGCAAGUUUUUUAAAAGACCCUAGAAUAGUUUUCUGUAGUCUGUUGAAAGAUACAUCUGUAUGUUUUUUUGUGGUACUAGACAUCAAAGCUAGGAGCACUUUACCACUGAUCCACAACUCCAACCCUUUUUAUAUUUGAGACAAGCUUUUAAGUUGCCCAGGCUGGCCUUGAACUGGUGACCCUCCUGACUUAGCUUCCUGAGUUGCUGGGACUACAGAUGUGUAGCACUAUGCCCAGCUUUGGUAUCCCUUUUAAAAAGUUUGUAAUUACGGCUGGGUGCUAUUUAGAAAAACAAAAAACAAAAAAACCAAAACUAAUUUUUAACAAAACUUGCUCAUCUUAUAAAGUUCCAGAUUCCAAACUACAGAAAAAAAAUUAUUCUACAUUGGUAACAUUACUAGAUGGAUAAGGAAACCUAGUGCUUAAAAGAGGAAUGUGUUUCAUGUAAUUUUUAAUUAAAAAUAGCUUUUAUAUCGACUACAUGUUUACAGAUAUUUUAAGAGGACCUAAGGUAUACAAAUGUGGGUUCUGGUUUGCUACAAUGAGUGAAAAUAAAGAUCUGCCUGAAGGCAGUUAUUUAAGAUAGUGAAUGUGGACUCGCUGUGUUAUCAAGGUAUGUUUUAUUCUCAUGUGGGUAAGGAUAUGUACCAUGAAAACAUUCACAUUUCUGAUAUAAGGUUUCUAUGAUGAAGACAAUUUACAAGUUUGAGACUUAAGACAGUUUUUCAAAAGGGAAAUUAAAGAUAACUUCCUACUGGAACUUAAGAAGAGUCAAGAGUAAAUAGGGAAAUAUUUUAGGCAUGGGCUGCUUAGAUUAUAAGAAGCAAUUUACUAAAAGCUAAUAGGCUUGAUAAAAUUUACUUGAAAGUGAUCAUGUGAUCUUGACUGAAAAUAACCUCACUUGUGUUAUGAAGUUGUAAGGAUUUUAUUAUAUGUUUACCUGUAAUCAAGAAGUAAGAGUUGCUGUGAUCUUUGGUGCUGAGAUUUACUUGUUCAAGUCUCACCUUCUAUAAGUAAUCAGUGAUAUUUAAAGUGCAGUAGACCAUCUGUUUAGGGCUUUCAUUCAGAUUAGUGUAUGAUUUAGUGGCUUAUAAUAAAUUUAUGGAUGAUAAUUUUAGGCUUUUAAAAGACAAUGUAAAAUGGAGUUAAUUUAUAUUCACCAUAAAACAAACACAAACAUCAAUCAUGGAAUUACAGGGUCACAUUUUAAUUCCUGAAUUUUACAGUUCAGCAUUAAUAUCACCACAUGUAUACAAAUGGUGUAAAACAAGUACAGUGGUAUUUUUAAUACAAAAUAAACAUCUGUUUUAUGGAAAAACUAUACUUCAUAUCUACACAGACAGCCCAUCUUUUCCAAACAAUAGCCAAAAUUAAAAUUAACUACAAAAUCUCCAAAACAGGGGAAACUGCUUCAGUUUAAGCUAUUCCAGGAAAAAAUGGACCCAUUAACACAUUACAAAGGUGACCUAAAGACUGUAGCUGGAAUUACUAUUUUUAGAUUUUUUUUUUUUUCCCAAUGCAUUAAAUUGUAGUUUGGGGACAUUUUUCUCAUCUCAGCAUGAUCUCAGAUCAUAGAUGAGCAAACUAACAUUAAAAUAUUUACAGUUAACUGCUGUUCUAAAAAUAAAACAUUGUAACUGUUUGCCUCAAUUUGUUACUUUAAAUUCAUUUACGUACAUGGAAUGUGCUUUUACUCUUUAAAAAAGCAGCCUUUGUAUUACAUACACCCUUGUCUGAGGAAAAGUUUCCUGUGCUGCAUGUGACUUUGACAUAACUCCUUGGAUCAAAAUGGCUUCUAGAUAUUAAAUACUACAAUCCAGCACUUUUUAAAAAAAUUAGUCUUUACAAAUUACGCUUUCAUACUUGCCUGCAGCUCUGAUGAUAAACACAAGUUUACUAACAAAGCAGAAAGGGACUUCAGAAUAUCUUCUACGAAGGAUUGUACUGGUAGGUGGCUGAAAAACAUUCUGUUCUGUCCAUUCCCAAGAUUUUGAAGAGGAUCAUUCUGGAAUACUAACGAACUGUUUCUUGGCUGCUGUUAUCUCAAAAGUGCUGAUUUUAAUUAUAUUAACAAAACUAUCCAUUUUGAAUGCAGCUUAUUUUUAUCAGAAUACUUAUUGAAAAUCCUUGGUGUAGAAAACUCAACAUGUGCUGUAAUACAGGGUGUACUUCCCUCCAACUACCCAAAAAGCUGAAUUUCUGUGAAGUCUUAAAAAAAAAAAGUGGUCCCAAAAGCUUGACUUCAUUUUUUUUUUUUUGAUAGUUCUAUUUGUUUUCCAUAAAAAUUUUCUUUAAAAAGAGGCAACUGCUUAAAACAACAACAUGGUCAGCACCAUUAUACAAGUAAUGUUAUUGGGUUUGCAACUGAAGUUUUAUUAAUUUUUUUCUAGACUGGAUACCCCCCCUGGAGCAACCCUGCGUGAAUAUUAUUUUACCAACCUUUUCCCUCCCCAAACCAUCCGAAACCUGAGACUUUCCUUGCUGAGAAGCUAUCUCCCAGGUUCUG